AUGGUGAUAGUUUUAAGAUUUGUUGAUGCUGAAGGAGUGAUACAGGAAAGUUUUGAUGUUAGUAAAAUUCGUGGUCAAGGCUAUGAUGGUGCUAGCAAUAUGAGAGGAGAAUGGAACGGAUUGCAAGCACUUGUCCGGGAAUAUAGUCCUUAUGCGUAUUAUGUUCACUGCUUUGCUCACAGGUUACAACUUGCCUUGGUUUGUGUCUCAAGGGAUGUGACUCCAGUACACCAAUUCUUCUCAUACCUAGUUUUUAUAAUUAAUGUGGUUUGUGCUUCUAGUAAGCGCCAUGAUGAGUUACAAAUGGCGAAGGCGGAUGAGAUUAAAAAGUUACUAGAAUUGGGUGAAAUCAAAUUGGGAAAAGGACAAAAUCAGGUAGGGACAUUAAGAAGGGCCGGUGAUACACGUUGGGGUUCCCAUUUUAAAUUUGUUUGUAGUUUGGUUAACAAGUUUGAUGUCACCCGUGCUGUUCUCAAGGGAAUAAUUGAAGACACGGCUCAUGCUACUAGUUCUCAACGUGGAGAUGCUAAUAUAGCUUACGGUUACUUGCGAUCAUUUGAGUUUGUGCUUGUUCUUCACUUGAUGAAAGAAGUAAUGGCAAAAACCGAUACACUUUGUCAAGCAUUACAAAAGAAAUCCCAAGACAUCCUUAAUGCAAUGGAGUUAGUUUCUGCAACAAAGGCUAGUCUAACUAAUUUUAGAAACAGCGGAUGGGAUUCUUUAUUUGAAAAGGUAGAUUUGUUUACAGAGACAUUGGACAAACAACUACAUGAGCUGGAUAGUAGAUUCAAUGAGCAAGCGAUAGAUUUGUUAUCUCUUGGUGUGACUUGA